AUGGAUCGCAAAUCGAACCAAACAGGUUAUUUGGUACUAAAUGAAGAAGGUGCCGUUUUAUCGUCUUCAGGAGAACUAGAAAACGAUGAAAAAACCGCAAACGUCAUAAUGGGAAUGAUAAAUCUGACAUCUCAAAUUGACUCAGUGGCUUUCCCCCCCGAGGAGGGUUUCAAAAAAUUAUCCAUAGUCUAUGACGAUCAUUGCUACAUUGUGUGUCUGUCGAACAAGAAGGUUCACAUAGUCAAAAAGAGUAUCGAUAAUACUGAUUCCAUACCAGUCACAGCCUAA